CUCUUUAAAACCUCUGAACUGUCUAUCCGCUAGUAAUCCAAAAGGAAAGGAAAGAUCAAAACAAAGAAACAAAAACAGAGAAAUUCCUUCGGUCGUGCGACUCUAUUACUUUUGUCUCCUACGGGCCACGGUUGAGCCUCCGCCUGGCGUCACUGUCGGGGCGGUCGCGGAGCCUCGUGGGUAAAAGGAAGAUUCGGUCUGAGCUCGGAAAGAUGGCGGAAGCGUUUGGGGAUGAGCUGUUCAGCGUGUUCGAAGAUGACUCCACCACUGCGGCCGCAACCAAAAAAGACAAAGAAAAGGAGAAGGGAAAAUGGAAGGGCUUGCCAGGGUCUGCAGAAAAGGCCGGGAAACGUUUUGAUGCCAAAUUGCAAUCAGAGUCAACUAAUAGUGGAAAAAAUAAGAGAGAUGUGGAUUUUGAAGGCACGGAUGAAACCAUUUUUGGAAAGAAGCCCAGGAUAGAAGAGUCAGUAACUGAAGACUUAAGUUUGGCAGACCUGAUGCCCAGAGUUAAGGUACAAUCAGUUGAAACUGUUGAAGGAUGUACACAUGAGGUUGCACUUCCUGCAGAUGAGGAUUAUUUACCACUUAAACCUCGAGUCGGAAAAGCAGCAAAGGAGUACCCGUUUAUUCUUGAUGCUUUCCAAAGAGAAGCCAUUCAGUGUGUUGAUAACAAUCAGUCUGUUUUAGUAUCUGCACAUACAUCAGCAGGGAAAACUGUAUGUGCUGAGUAUGCCAUUGCAUUGGCCUUAAGGGAAAAGCAGCGUGUAAUAUUUACCAGCCCAAUUAAGGCUUUGAGUAACCAGAAGUACCGUGAAAUGUAUGAAGAAUUUCAAGAUGUUGGUCUCAUGACUGGAGAUGUGACUAUUAAUCCUACAGCAUCUUGUCUUGUUAUGACUACAGAGAUUUUAAGAAGUAUGCUGUACAGAGGUUCUGAAGUUAUGCGAGAAGUUGCUUGGGUCAUUUUUGAUGAAAUCCAUUACAUGAGAGAUUCAGAGCGUGGCGUAGUAUGGGAGGAAACUAUUAUUUUGCUUCCUGAUAAUGUUCACUACGUCUUUCUUUCGGCUACUAUUCCAAAUGCCCGACAGUUUGCUGAAUGGAUUUGCCAUUUACAUAAACAGCCUUGUCAUGUCAUUUACACGGAUUAUAGGCCUACUCCAUUGCAACACUACAUUUUUCCAGCAGGGGGAGAUGGCCUUCACCUUGUGGUUGAUGAAAAUGGUGACUUCAGAGAAGACAAUUUUAAUACUGCAAUGCAAGUGCUUCGAGAUGCAGGUGAUUUGGCAAAAGGAGACCAGAAGGGGCGGAAAGGAGGAACAAAAGGACCAUCAAAUGUGUUCAAGAUAGUGAAAAUGAUUAUGGAAAGAAAUUUUCAACCUGUAAUUAUUUUCAGUUUUAGUAAGAAGGAUUGUGAAGCUUAUGCUCUUCAAAUGACCAAAUUAGAUUUCAACACAGACGAAGAAAAGAAGAUGGUUGAAGAAGUAUUUAGUAAUGCAAUUGACUGCUUGUCUGACGAAGAUAAAAAACUCCCUCAGGUUGAACAUGUACUUCCUCUUUUGAAGCGAGGGAUUGGUAUUCACCAUGGUGGUUUACUUCCUAUUUUGAAAGAAACUAUAGAAAUUCUCUUUUCUGAAGGAUUGAUAAAGGCCUUAUUUGCCACAGAGACUUUUGCUAUGGGAAUUAACAUGCCAGCUAGAACUGUUUUAUUUACAAAUGCCCGUAAAUUUGAUGGGAAGGAUUUCCGAUGGAUUUCCUCUGGUGAAUACAUUCAGAUGUCUGGUCGUGCUGGAAGGAGAGGAAUGGAUGAUAGAGGAAUAGUAAUUCUUAUGGUAGAUGAAAAGAUGAGCCCAACAAUUGGAAAACAACUACUUAAGGGCUCAGCUGAUCCUCUAAAUAGUGCUUUUCAUUUGACUUACAACAUGGUUUUAAACUUACUACGUGUAGAAGAAAUUAAUCCUGAGUAUAUGUUGGAAAAAUCCUUCUACCAGUUUCAGCAUUAUAGAGCAAUUCCAGGAGUAGUAGAAAAGGUAAAGAACUCAGAACAACAGUAUAAUAAAAUAGUAAUUCCCAAUGAAGAAAGUGUAGUAAUCUAUUAUAAGAUUAGACAGCAACUUGCCAAACUGGGUAAAGAAAUUGAAGAUUAUAUUCAUAAACCAAAAUACUGCUUACCAUUUCUACAGCCAGGCCGUUUGGUAAAGGUAAAGAAUGAAGGAGAUGAUUUUGGCUGGGGUGUAGUGGUGAAUUUCUCAAAAAAGUCAAAUGUUAAGCCUAAUUCUGGUGAACUGGAUCCCUUAUAUGUAGUGGAAGUACUUCUGCGCUGUAGCAAAGAGAGCUUGAAAAAUUCAGCUACUGAGGCUGCAAAACCAGCUAAACCUGAUGAGAAAGGAGAGAUGCAGGUUGUUCCAGUUUUGGUGCAUCUCCUGUCUGCUAUUAGCAGUGUCAGGCUUUACAUUCCUAAGGACCUUCGGCCAGUGGACAAUAGACAAAGUGUUUUAAAAUCAAUACAGGAAGUUCAGAAGCGUUUUCCUGAUGGUGUUCCUUUAUUAGAUCCUAUUGAUGAUAUGGGCAUUCAAGAUCAAGGUUUGAAAAAGGUCAUUCAGAAAGUAGAGGCUUUUGAGCAUCGGAUGUAUUCUCAUCCACUUCACAAUGAUCCAAAUUUGGAAACUGUGUACACACUUUGUGAAAAAAAAGCACAGAUUGCAAUAGAUAUUAAAUCUGCAAAACGAGAACUGAAGAAAGCAAGAACUGUCCUACAAAUGGAUGAACUCAAAUGUCGCAAACGUGUUUUAAGAAGGUUGGGAUUUGCUACUUCUUCUGAUGUCAUAGAGAUGAAAGGACGAGUAGCUUGUGAGAUAAGCAGUGCUGAUGAGCUGCUUCUAACUGAGAUGAUGUUUAAUGGACUUUUCAAUGACCUUUCUGCAGAACAAGCAACAGCGUUAUUAAGCUGCUUUGUGUUUCAAGAGAAUUCCAGUGAGAUGCCCAAAUUGACAGAACAGUUAGCAGGUCCACUUCGACAAAUGCAGGAAUGUGCUAAAAGAAUUGCAAAAGUUUCAGCAGAAGCAAAAUUGGAAAUUGAUGAGGAAACUUACCUAAGCUCAUUCAAACCUCACCUAAUGGAUGUGGUAUAUACCUGGGCAACUGGAGCUACCUUUGCCCACAUCUGCAAAAUGACAGAUGUCUUUGAAGGCAGCAUAAUUCGUUGUAUGAGGCGCCUGGAAGAAUUGCUUCGACAGAUGUGUCAGGCAGCAAAAGCCAUUGGAAAUACUGAGCUGGAAAAUAAAUUUGCAGAAGGAAUCACCAAAAUCAAGAGAGAUAUUGUGUUUGCUGCUAGCCUCUACUUAUAAGGAGCUUAAAGAAUGUAAUUUUAAAGAUUAUUUACCACCUGUCUGAUUAUAGUUGACUACAAAUGCUUAAAAGUGUUGACGUAAUUCUUCCAUCUCAACAGUUGUCCUCAAACAUUUUAAUAUAUAUUUAAAUCAAACAUUCUAAGAAAGCAUAUUACAUACACAUGUGUACAUAAGCAUUACUUUUUUAAUAAAAAUUGUACAGGUGGGGCAUUGUUUUAGUGGAAGGCUUGAAAAUUUUUUAAUGAACUUAGAGCUAUUGGGUAAUCAUUUUGUUAAAUGGAACUAUAUACACAGAUAAAGUGGGCAUCGAAGAGGUAUAGCAGCAGUAGCAGCAGUCCCUUAAAGGCCUGUACACUGGGAAGAAAGAUGCAUCCUCGUGCCUUCUGGUUGCAAUCAUUUUCCUUUAGAAAGUAGGCCAGCUUCAUCUGGGUGACCUGCCACCCUUCAAGGUUGGUGAUUGUUCCCAAAGUGAUUUCCUGUUGGUGUUUCAUUCAAAGUUGUAUGAGAGUCCUCCUGUUUUCUUUCUUUAAAAGGAGAAUUCCUCUCCUUGAAGAAAUCUGAUACAUAUACAGCCUACAGAGAGAACAGGUUAUACUUAGAACAGGGCAAAAUAUUUAAUGAUAUAAUUUACAAAAAUUUAUAAACCAUAUACCAAGCUGCAGGAAGCAAUUUGCAGAGAUAAAUAUAAACAAAAGGAUAUUCAUCAGAUGGUAUACAUUCAAGGGGAACAUUGUUAUGCCUUUGGCAAAUAGUUUCAUUCUACAAAUACUUAGUGAAUUAGUCUUCAUGUAAAUUAAUUGUUUUAAUUCAUACCAAAAAGAAAACUGGUUUAUAGCCAGAGGCUUUUACAGUAAAAAUUCUAAGAUUUGUA